GUGAGUGUGUGUCAGUUUAUUUACUCUUCAAAUUUUUUCGUAAAUAGAAAUUAAUUUUAAUAAAAAUAUGGAUUUACUAAAGAAUAAUUGGUUCACGGAGUCAUGCGAGAUGUGGCCGGGUGGUACUUUCUCAUUGGAAGUGAAGGAAGUGCUACAUUCGGAAAAAUCGCAGUACCAAAACAUCCACGUUUUCGACACGACAAGUUUUGGAAGAGUUUUAGUACUGGACGGUAUUAUACAGUGCACACAAAAAGAUGAAUUCUCUUACCAGGAGAUGAUAUCAUUUCUGCCCCUAUGCUGUCAUAAAAAUCCGGAAAAAGUACUUAUAGUCGGUGGAGGCGACGGCGGUGUCGCUAGGGAGGUGGCCAAGCACCCUAAAGUCAAACAAAUUGUUCAGGUCGAAAUCGACGCAAAAGUAAUCGAAGUUUCCAAAAAGUAUCUACCGUUCAUGGCCGUCGGCUUUGAGAGUCCUAAACUGACACUUCACGUGGGCGACGGUUUCGAGUUCAUGAAGAAUCAUAGCCAGGAAUUUGACGUCAUAAUUACAGACAGCAGCGACCCCGUCGGCCCAGCGGUCAGCCUCUUCCAAGAAAACUACUUUUCUCUGAUGAAAAGUGCUUUAAAACCGAACGGUAUCGUGUGCUCCCAAGCUGGUACAAUCUGGAACGACAUCGAAUUAGUCUCCAGCACCUUACAGUACUGCAGGAACCAAUUCCCUCAAGCCGCUUACGCUUAUGCGUCUGUACCUACCUAUCCCUCAGGCCAAAUUGGAUUUGUCAUAGGUUCGCUUGAUAAAGAAAUUAAGUUUGAUACUCCCGCACAUGUCUUCACUUGUGAAGACGAGAAAGCGAUGAAUCUAAGGUACUAUAACACCGAUAUUCAUAAAGCUGCUUUUGUACUACCCACAUUCGUAAAGUACCAGCUCACUUAAGUUUUCAACUUGGUACUUAUAAUGUAAUUUGCAUAUUAUUGUCCUUUUCCCAACCAGUUGUCGUAACCGAUAAUUUUUAAUGGCAACAUUUUUGGUUUACCACUUUACAUCUUUAGAUGUAGAUUUAUUAUAAGAAUUAUAUUGUCAUAUAAAAAAGUAGACAUAGAAUGUUCACUUUUUUAAAACAGAGUAAUGUCGUAAAGGCUCGACAUCGAGUAUAUAACCAGAGAGAGAGACGAAAUGUUAUUUAAUUUGUUUGAAAAUUAUUCUACCGAAUCAUUACGAUGACAACUGCGCAAUGUGUCGGGUGUCGUCAAUUGUUUUUA